GUCCCUGGCAGCCUGCCUUCGCAGGAGCAGGCGAGCGGCUUCGCUUCCCCACGCCAGGCGCCCUUCGGCGCGGAACCGGAGGUGGGCGCUUGGGCGCAAGGGAUGCAGGCACCUCCGUUCAUGUCGCAGAGUCAGGCGCCGUUCGGGAGCUCAAUGCCUUCCCAGGCCCCUUGCCCAAGCUCACCGCGGCAGGCGAUGCCCUUUGGGAGCGCGCCAUGCCUGGCGCAGGGCGUGAGCUCCCCUCGCCAGGCGAUGCCUUUCGCCUCUCAGGGCCAGGUGCCUUUUGGGGGCUCGCCUGGUAUGGCUUCGCAGGGCCCCCAAAGUUCCCCGCGACAGGCAACGCCUUUCGCGUCGGGGCAGCUUUCCCAGGCCGCACCCUUCGGGAGCUCCCCGUGUAUGCCUUCACAGGGCCCCUGCCCCAGUUCUCCCCGAGGGCAGCAGGCCCCGAAUUGGAGCAGUGGAGGACACUUCCAGGAGCCGACACCCUUUGAGGCAGGAUUUCCAUCAAUGACACCCUCGAGCGUGGGUUCCAUGCAGCAGUGGCCCACGGAGCAAGUACUCCCACAGAGCGCGCAGCAGCUGGCGGAGCGGGCAGCCUCUGCGCUGCCGUCGCCCAUGCCCACUGGCCAGGUGGGGCCACAGGC